AUGGCUCUCUCUGUGAGUCUGAAGAAAGCGGAGAAAACAUCGAAAACUGUUACGAAGAUUGCGCGAAGCCGAGAUAUAAAACCAAGUGAUGCUAUGGCGAUUAAAGAUUGUGUGGAAAACAUUGGGGAUUCGAUCGAUGAGUUGAGAGAUUCUUUAAAUGAAAUGAAGAACUUGAAUCAAACUGACUUUGAUUUUAAAUUGAGUAAUAUAAAGACUUGGGUUAGUGCUGCAUUAACAGAUGAUGAUACUUGUAUGGAAGGAUUAGGGGAAGAAGAUGUUAAAGGUGAUGCAAGGAUUGUUAUCAGGAAGAAUGUUGUAAAAACUGCUCAGUUAACCAGUAAUGCUCUAGCCAUUGUUAAUGGCCUCAAAUACACACCGGAAAGAUCACAUCACUAG